CGCGAGCCCACAGUAAGCAGUAAGUUGCAGCUCAUUUAAAUGAAAUGCUUCGUUUAAGAUACCUGUGCAAAUUCUGCCCACAGCUAACUAGCUAAUUAACGACCAAAUGUCUGCUAUUAGUAAGCAGAUGGUUUCCUCCGAACCUGCAGUAAAACACACCCCUGCUCUGCUCUCACCUCUGACCGGAUGCAGCCUCCUGUUUUUACCUGCGCGGCCCACUGUGGGCUUCGGUGCUUCAGCUGCCGUGCCUCUCCCCUGUCGCCACGUAUCUGCGUUAGGGCCAGUACUCAGUGGGUGUUCCUGUUGGCCCUCACACCUCUGCAAUGUGGAGGGGGGUGGCUCUAAAACUCACUUCCUCUCCCCCCUCCCAUGAGAUACAGGUUUCUCCCAGAUACUCCACGUUUACGUCUGUGUGUAUAUAAUGCUGCUUACUACAGGGUGACAGUUAAUCUACUAGGACUAACGGUAACUGGAUAACCAUCCGACAUCCACUUCCCUUCCUUAGGGAUGGUCCCUGUUUACAGUUCAUUGCUAAAUCUGACUUGUAGAUCGAUCUUUCGUUUUCCUUAGAAUGCAAACAUAAUUCUGCUAAUCUGCAGCGGCCCGCUGGACAAGUUUCACCGCUUAUUCUGAAUAAAAACAAAACAUCCGCUUGUCCUCAGGCACUCGGCUUUUCUUAUUGUGACGAUGUUGCGGUUUGAUGACGUGUCUGACAAUGCUACAUGCAAAUCUGGAAGUGAAUUGUCUGAUGUCUGAGGUGGGGGAUUUUAAAAGAUGUCCAUUCUUUGAAUAUGUGGUCUACACAUCUAUCGUUCCAUCCUCUGUACCCACUUGUCUAAUUCAGGGUCAAAGGAGGCUGGGGGUCUGGAGCCUAUAUCAGAGUAGAAGGAAACCCCAUGACGACUGGGGGAGAACAUGCAAGCCCCACACACACGGCCAUGGUGGUGAGUUUGGGUGAGGUAACUGCCAGCCACUGCACCACCCUAGCAAACGUGUCCCUUCAAAACAUGUAAAACCAUAAAUUUAUUAUGAAAUGAGCGUAAUGAGCUUAUGCCAAGUUAAAGAAUAGCUUUUUAUGCUCAUUAUAAUUAUACUCGGCACUGUACCGUUAUGAAACGGAUCGAAAAAUCCAAGCUUGCAAAACAGCAGUAGAAAUGGAGUCAAUGUAAGUUCAUAACAAUGUGCACUUGAGCAUGACGUAAAAGGCCGUGCCCGAGGAUGGUCGGGAGGUGCGAUCCCCGGGCUGAUUGCUCAAGAAGGAGUUGCUGAGAAGCCGUAACCGCGCAGGGGGAGGCAGGGGGAGGCAGGGGGAGGCCGUCACGUUCUGCACUUCAGACAGACAGGUUGAUGUUUACAGCCGUCCUCAUUCGGCGCAGACAGAGUGGGUAUUGCGAUCAGACCCAAAGGCUUCCAGAGCAGCGGGGCUCCGGCCGGGACGAUGUCUUCGGGGAAUAUGUCGCAGAAUUACAGCUUCCUGGACUCACCGUUCAGAUAUUCUGUUUUCCCAAUCUUCUACAGCCUGGUCUUCAUCUUUGGGCUAAUAGCUAACUGCUAUGCUCUCUACAUUCUGCGCAACAUCCGCGAUGUCAAAGCCGUGAACGAGGUGCGGAUCUACAUGACCAAUCUGACAGUGGCGGACCUCCUCUUCGUGAUCACUCUGCCCCUGUGGAUCGAUUACUACAACCAGAGGGGCAACUGGCGUUUCCAGGAAGCCAUGUGCAGAGUUUCCGGUGCUUUGUUCUUCAUCAACACCUACUGCUCCAUCCUCUUCCUGGCCGUGAUCAGCUUCAACCGCUACUGGGUGGUGACGCGGCCACUCAGUGCCGCCACAUCUGACCACUGGGGCCGCGGGGUGCUCGUCUCGCUGAUGAUCUGGGUCUUCACCGUGUUGGCCUCAAUCCCGUAUCUGAUCCAAGAUGGUGUCGUCAAUGACAAAGGAAUAUCACGCUGCUUUGAGGGAUACCAGGAAUCGGACGAGAGCAGGAAGUGUUUCCUGGUUACCACCCACUUCCUCAUCAUCUCUUUCUUCUUUGUGGUCUUUCUGAUGGUCGUCAUCUGCAAUCUGUUGAUCAUCCGCGCCCUGCUGGUUCCGCCCGUCGCUCCACACGGGACCCGCGUCAGUGUGCGGAGCUCGGGCCUGAAGAGCCGCGCCCUGGGCAUGGUGACGGUGGUGCUGGUGGUGUUCGUGGUGUGCUUCGUGCCCCACCACCUGGUGCAGGGGCCCUGGACGCUGAUGGUGCUGCAGCUGGCGAUGAAGGGAAAGGAGCAGGAGGCUAGCAGGAGGUUCCUCAACGACGCCCACCAGGUCACCCUCAUGCUCAUGGGGCUCAACUGCCUGCUGGACCCGGUGAUCUACUGCCUGGCCACCAAGAUGUUCCGCAGCUUCAUCUCCAUGCACUUCAAGAAGGUGAUGCGAGGGAGGAGCUGCCCCAGGAACAGCUCCCAGACCACGGUGUCCAUGGUGACGCGGGGGCCGAAGGAGGUGAUGGGGCCCACGGUGCACUGAGCGGGUGGAACAUACGUCACACACGCACGCACACACGCACACACGCACGCACGCACGCGCGCACACACAUGCACACACACGCACACACACUUCACACACGCACACACACUUCACACGCGCACACACGCGCGCACACGCACACGCACACACACUUCACACACGCACACAUCUGGCAUCCCUGCACACCCAGUAUCGUCAGACAGGGACACAGUGGGCAGACCGGUGUUCAGCACACUGCUGUGGCGUUCAGGUCACUGGACGCACUUCGGCUGCUGGCAGGGAGCGCAGGCAGUUCCUGCUCCUCACGCAGUCACUGCAUUUACAGUAAACUUACGAGGUUAAUUAGAUCAGGUCAUUUAGAAUGGGAACUAUCAGAGUUCACUGCAUCCUCGUCUAAAGUUCCCCCCAUACCGCCUUCCCGCGUCGGCCCGGGGGUGUCCUUACACGGCGGUCAUGACCGAUUUCUGUGUGUGAACCUUGCCGGAGCCACUCUGAUGCUCCUGCUUUAUACAGCUCUGGAAAAGAAAUUUCAUAGUUAAAUCCUGGUUUAAUCCAAGUUCUGCUGGCAAACGCUGCAUUUCGGUCUUUCAGGCAAAAAUUUCUACGGCAAAAAUUUACGAUGUCAGUAUGAACUGUGUUUUUAACCGAGAGAAUGUAUCCUAAUAAGGAAAUGUACCCAAUCUGAAUAAAAUGUCUAUGGUUUUUAAACGGUGGCAAUGCGUUCUGAUAAGGAAAAUGUAUAUUAUCGGCACAAUAUACCUCUAGCUUUGAACGCUGGUAAAACAUACUGGAAAGGAAAUAUAUGCUAACAGAACAAAAUUCCUGUGAUUUUUCACAGCGAUAACAAUCUGAUAAGAAAAUGUGUGGCAUCAGAUAAGCAGAUCUAUAGCAUGGAACGGAGCUGAGAGUCCUCAUUGUUCCUGUAGCUGCCCGAAAUUGUCUUUGUUUGGAAUAUUAAAGAGUAUGAACAAAAACGGACUAUGCAAGAAAAUAAAAGAACGUGUAUGACAGAAAGCUGGAGUAUUUUUGGAACAGUGGGUUUAAUUUAUGCACUAGCUUACAUUCGAGAAACAGCAUAGAUGCUACAUAUACACAGUUAUAACUAUACCCACACAUAAAAACGAGAAAGUAUAAUCGCUUACUUUCCAUCGAAUAUUCUUGCAACGGUCUGCUACGUUUAAGGGCCGUCGGAGAACAUUGUUGUUCUGUUCUACGCAUGCGCUCUAACAGAGUACGCUAUUCCAUGCUGUAAUGUCAGAACACAGACAGUGCCUCAUAAAUCAGAGGAAGACGUCAGGUGACCUUCAACAAAGAAUGGCAACCAUUAAGGGCAGGUGUGAAGUGCACUGCCAGGGCUGAAGACCGGUGAAGCGAGGAGGAAGCCCUUGGAACAUAAGAAAGUGACAAACGGCAGGAGGCCGAUUGGUCCAUCCGGCUCGUUUGUGGAGAACUUGGCUAAUAACCCAGAGUUGUUAAAAUCUCGUCUAGCUCUGAUUUAAAGGAACCCACGGGUUCAGUGAGUAGCGGGGAAGAGCGAGGCUGGAGUUUGCAAAAACAUGUAUUUUAUAGACAUAAAUUGAGUGAAAGUGAAGAUUUUGCUGUGAUCUCUUAAUCUUUCCCAGAGCCGCAUAUACAUCCUUAUUUAGGAGUAUGAAAUCCGGGCUUGUAUGCUCAUUUAUUUUUCUAUGUCUCCAUUAAAGUGUAAUAAAAUAUGGGAUUUGG